UUAGAAAUGCUCUGGUUACACCCGCGUGUUGCUUCAAUAAGCCUCCAUGUUGGGCCUGGUUGGUUUCGCAUCUUGGUACAGCGCCGCCCGCAGAUGCGGCAGAUACCCGACCCGAAUCCUUUUAGAACAGCUGCAAUUCAGCUGCAACCCAAGUGCUAGUAGUUACUAGUAGCUAAUGGAAGCAGUGACAGGGUGACUCAGUCCGCCUGGGAAUCGAUCGAUCGACUUGGAAAUCACCAGUCCAUUCAUCCUGCUUCAAUCUGCCUUUCCCCGCUACCAAUGUGUACGGCUACCUGGCGCAAGGUGCCCGUUGCAGCCUGGAUUGGGUAGCUGCCGCCAACUGAGUCCUCGGUUAUCAUACCCUGCUGCUCCUCCGGAUCGGACCUUGUUACACCACUGACGGCAUCCUCGCCAUCGGCCUGGCAAUAAUGCCCGUUGGCCGCUCUUGCUCUCUCGCACCAUACGUCGAGCUAGAUGAAGGCCUGAUCCGACAAUGGCGGCUCCAGCCGGUGACGUGAAAGACGGCAAAGCCUUCUAUGGCUACCUCUUCACCAAAGCACAGCCGUUUCCAGCCCCGACACCCGUUCUCGAAGCGCUACUGAAGGCAAUCGCGCUGCAUAUUGAAACCGAGAUCGGUGACAAGUCAGUUAGACAUUUGACCCCGGCAAAGCUGGCCGUCUUCUAUAAAAGCGCUGGACAUGACUACGAUUCUUUCUUUGUAGAGAUGCCCCCUCCAGCCAUUUCGACUGUCUUUCAAGGCCUGGGCUGUCAGCAUGCGCUCCUUCCAAGCGAUGACGACUUCGCGACCCCUUCCAUCCCGGCGCUUACCUUGAAGGGAUUUGUGCGCUGGCAAACGAUUCAGACGCUGCUCGACCCUCAGACGCAAGUCCCUGUGAUACAAUUUGCCGUCGCCAACUGGGGCCUGAAGCAUCCCGACACUGGAGUCCCAUUUCCCGUGGACCUCCCCAAGGAGGCAUUUCCAACCGACCCUGAUUCUGAUACGGAUCGCUGGCACCAAGAAUGCGCGAGGAGGGCGCGGAUGAAAGCAGCAGCUGAGGAGGAACUGCCCAAGGAGCAGUCCAAACCCGAGUCCACCGAACGCAAGUUCGCUUAUUCGCAUGUCCGUGUUACCCCGUCAACACCGCGCGAUUACUUCGGUUCACGGCCUAUCAACGUUGCCUACGUCCACGUGGCGAGCUCUCGUCCUACCCCAUCGGGACGAUCUCCCGAGAGGGAACGAGUGUGGGAGCGGGAAAAGGAACACUACGUUCGCCGUCAGCCGACAUCUUCCUCAGACGAACAUCGCCGGCGGAGCUUCUCCGACUACCCGCACUCACCGCACGAGGCCCGUCCUGCGCGAGUACCCCAUUUUGUGCCGGAGCGCGGCCCUCACUCGCAGCAGCCCCGUCGGCAUAGCCAGCCGCGGCACUACAGCAGCACAUCUGAUUCGGACGGCAGCUCCGUCAGUCCGCGGAUUGUUCCUGCUGCUAGCCCUGCACGGCGCGUUCAGCGGCCCUCGAACGAGCCGCCUCCGAUUGCAGUUCGCCGGGUUUAUACCGGAAGCACCGAGGAUGGCUCACCGCGGAUCAUUCGGACCACCACCACCACUAUGCCCCCGCCGCCCAUGCCGACUUCCUACUCCCAUUCCCACGCCGCGCGCCCCACGAUGCGCUCACACUCACCACGCACUUCCUCUGAGGGGGCGCGGAUUCCGCCGCUGAGAGAGGAUGACUCCAAGCGGCGAAGCCCCUUGUUCGAUCUCAAGGAGAAGAUAUCCAGCUUCAUCAGCCCUGUGGUUGGUGGUGCUAUUGGGGGCGGUGGUGGUGAUGGCCCGCGAAACGCAAGCGGCUCUCGCGGAAAGCGGGACGGGCGCGGCAUUGGCGGCUCGCCGCGGCCAUCGAGGGACGACGUGUUCCCGUCGUCGAGAUUGAGCCGGUCAUGGUCGGAUAUCUCCUACGAGGAUACCGACUCGGAGGAGGAGGAGAGGAGGCGAAGGCGGAGACGUUCGAUAGAGAGGGACAGGCUGAGGGAGAGGGACAGGGAGCGCGAUAGAGAACGUGAGCGAGAGAGAGACAGGGAAAGAGAAAGAGACAGGCAGCGAAGUAUGCGUGAUCGCGAGCGGGAUCACGACCGCCCAAGAGACAGGGACAGGCCUCACAGCGACCGCGACGACCGCAUCCCCGACCGCCCCGCUGCCGCCGCGGCAGCCGCCACCCUCCACAAGCCCCACCAUCGCCGCGGUGGCUCAGACGACGAUCUCUCACCGCGCAGCACCCGCUGGGCCCAGCGUGGCCCGUACCUGGCCGCUGCAGACGGUUCGCAUCGCCGCACGAGCAGCCACGCCGAUAUUGACCGCCAUCGGCCCCGCGAUUGGGAUAGCAGGGAUAGAGAAAAGGAUAGGGCCCGUGACAGGGAGCGGGAGAGGGAAAGAGACAGGGACAGGGAUAUAGACAGAGAUCUCCGGGAUCGGGACCGGGAUCGUGAGCGAGAGAGAGAGCGCUGGAGGAGGGAGCGGGAAAGGGACAGGGAUGGGGAGAGGGAUAGGGAGAGGAUGCCCAGUCCGGCCGCUUCGGGCGUUACGGUCACAUCCGGCGUUGGAGGCAGGAAGUAUCCUGAUCUCUCCUGGCCGAGGGACUAAGAGCUUCUGAAAGACGGGUUGGUGUUGGACGGGGAUUUUCAUUUCGCGGGUCUGUAUUUCAACAGGGUUUGGAUGGCAUGAGGUUAUGACGAGAUGACUCUUUGCAUGACGGACCAGUUUAUGGUAUAGUAUGAUUGAUUACGGGAUACUCUAGGAUUUGGUUUGAGCAAAGGGAAAGGGAUACAUAGAGGCACGAGUUGCGGGGGUCAAGGGGCGUUACGGUUCAAAAUGGGGAGGCGCGCAUACACAAGGUCACUUUUUCGCAGUCUCAAUUAUCUCUUGCAAAGGCAGCGAGCGUGUUGCAUGAAGUGAAGUGACCCAA